AGCGUGGAUGAAAACAGAUCCAAAGAAAUCUGUGGAAGAAAGAAUGGCCGAAACAUUCACCGAGUCGGGUGUUUCUAUCACAAUCACUUCUCUGACUAAUGUUGCAUCGUUUCUAGUAGGAAUAUUCAUUGCCACUAUUCCUUUGUAUAAGAAAGUUUGCUUGUUCAUGGCAGCGUGUUUGAUCUUCGACUACAUUUAUCAAAUUACCUUUGUUGCAGCGAUUUUGGUUUUCUGUGGAAAAGCGGAAGAACAACAUUUGCAUUCGUUGGUAUUUAUGAAGUUUCCAGAAAAUAAAAACUUUCUUCAAAGAAUCUUCUGUUUUGUGCGUUCGGAGGAUUUGAAGAACGAGAACGUUAACAAAAAAGUAGUCAAUUUUACUAAACUUUCCAAGAAUUUCAACGAACUGAUGAGAAAGAAAAUAACAGCAACCAUUAUCUUACUACUGUACUUUGCUUAUUUGGGAAUUUCAUUUUGGGGAUUAACGAAGUAUUCCUAUGGACAGGAAUUGGACAUGAAUUUGGUUCACGGUACAUAUCGAUAUAAUUAUUACGAAACAAAUGAAAAGUAUUACAACCAAUACAAGUACAGGUUACAAUUGUUCAUUAUACAGGAACUAGAUUAUUCAAAUCGUACUGUACAACGAAAUGUUGAAAAUAUGCUACAAACUCUCGAAUCGGAUCCUCUGAUCGUUGGAUCUUUGACCGAAUCCUGGUUAAGAAGCUACCUACAGUUUACGUCAGACAACAGAAUUAAUUCCUUUAUCAAUGAAUAUAAUCUUACAAACUCGGACGAUUUCAUUUUCAUUUUGCGUAAAUUAUUCUUUCGUAUUCCAGAAGCGAAAAGAUUCAGACAAGACGUCGUUUUCGAUGCUUCCUUCACCAAAAUCACGUCUACUCGUUUCUUACUUCAAACGAACAUUACAAACAACGGAAGUCAUUUCUACAAUCAAUUUAAACACUUUCAAGAAAAGAUGAACGCUUUCCCAUUCACCAUUGUCCUGUAUCAUCCAUUGUUUUACUAUUUCGAUAUUAAUGACGCCAUACCUAAGACAACAUUUCAGACUUUAGGCAUUGUGUCCAUAACCGUUUCUAUAAUAUCUGCCGUAUUGUUACCAAACGUCAUUUGCAUCGUGUGCGUGUUAUUCAGCAUAAUAUCUGUAGGAGCGGGUGUAAUGGGUUUCAUGUUUCUUUUUAAUCUUGGACUUAAUAUCAUUUCCUUAUCUAUUCUAAUUGUUGUCAUCGGAUAUUCUGUAGAUUACGCAGCACACGUUUCCUGCGCGUACAUAUCCGCGAAAUCAAAUAGUCCGGACAAACGAUUGCAGAAUGCAAUAAAUUUGACGGCGAUUCCCAUCAUACAAGGAAGCGUCACUACCAUUCUUGCCAUUGUAACGGUGUUGAACGUUUCGGAAAAAGAAACAUUGUUAACGAUAAAAGUGAUUGUUUUAGCCUGUAUAAUCGCUGGAAUUCACGGACUUACAUUUGUUCCAAUAAUUAUUUCGAUGAUUGACAAGAUUUUUCAAAAAUGUUUCUAUUUUAAAUCCAAAUGGAAAAAUUCAAACUCUUCUAUUUCUAAUCAUGUAGAAAAGUAUAAAGCUAAUCCACAGGAUUAAGUAGACGAAUUAAUAACAAUUUGUAAUGAUUCUUGUUUUUUGUAUGGAGUAAUUCUUCUUAACGUAAUCUUUUAUUGGCUAAUUUUACAGACGUAUCAAAUCUUGUAAGUUAAGCGAGGAAAAGGAGUCGAAGAUGAAACGUAAAGGUAUUGUUUUUAUGAAUAUAGGAAACGUGUUUCGGACUCAGAUUUCCUUAUCGGUCCUUUUGAAAAACUCCGUUGGACUCACAAUUAUGAAGUUAUGUACACAUCCUUGGAAAUUCUGAAUGGAAGUCCCUCAUCGGUCCGUUCAGAUUUUCCAAAGAUGUGUAUCAAAUGCAAUCUCGUUAUUAAUUAAUAAAGCAAGUACCUUUUCACUCGAUGACUAACAAUUUUUUAUUACUUGACCCGCAAGGUGUGAUAUGUGUAAAAUUAGCCAAUCCUGGAUUAACAUAGGUUAGUGGUUUAUGAAUCUUCAGAUAUAUUUUACAUUUAACAGUUGAAUUCGUUUUUAAUAUGAUUUUUAUUUUAAAAUAUUUUGAUGAUUGUAAUAUAAAAUAUUCUGUAAGUGAUCUCUUUCCACAGAAUGAACGUGAAAUAGAAUAUUCUCCGAAAGCUCAAAUAUUUAAAAAUGCAAAGUCGGAGUCGGAGUCAGGAUUAGGGAAUCGAGGAUUUAAAUAUUUUUAUGGGAGUCGUAAGUCGAAGUCGAUAGUCGAAAACUUAUCGACUCCCGACUUUUUACAUAACGUGGACGUUUAAAACACUUUAAAAGUUUUAAAAGCCAUUAGUGCGGUGAUUCUGAAGUUUCAA